UUUUCGUGUGAAAAUUCCGCACAGAAAAACUCAUUUUGAAAUUUUCGCGCUGAAAAUAAAGUCUAGGAGGUUCAACUCACGCAUGCGCUCCUUGCAGCGUCCAUUUUACUUUUUCGUCUUCACUGUCCGUCGCUUUCACACACGAUACACGAUGGGCAAACCCAGAGGCUUGCGUACGGCGAGAAAGCACGUGAAUCACCGCAGGGACCAGAGAUGGGCCGACAAGGACUACAAAAAGGCCCACCUGGGAACAAGGUGGAAGGCCAACCCCUUUGGCGGUGCGUCGCACGCCAAGGGGAUCGUUUUGGAAAAAGUUGGCGUCGAGGCGAAGCAGCCAAACAGUGCCAUCCGCAAGUGCGUGAGAGUGCAGCUGAUUAAGAACGGCAAGAAAAUCACAGCCUUCGUGCCCAGGGACGGCUGCUUGAACUACAUCGAGGAAAACGAUGAAGUCUUGGUGGCAGGAUUCGGUAGAAAAGGACACGCCGUCGGUGACAUUCCCGGCGUCCGUUUUAAGGUCGUCAAGGUCGCCAACGUUUCUCUCCUAGCCCUGUACAAGGAGAAGAAGGAGCGUCCCAGGUCAUAAGCAUUUCCACCUGUUUGGUGUCACGAGAGGUGCCUCCGACUCGCCUGCCCAACUUCCAGCUUCACCCGCUCCCUCGACUGAGUCUUCAGACCCUCUCGUGGCUGGUUAUUUUCAUUCCAUUUCUUUUCCACAAAUGUAAUAGUACAUUCCGAUUUUUCUGACAUUCCUUAAUAAACUUUUUGAGCUGGACAA